AUGCACCCAUUCGCGUCUUAUGUGCUUCGCAGUUACUACAAGGCCACAGGAUGGAACGAGGACAACUUAUACUCCAACUUCACUCGGUCCUCGAGCUCCAUCCUUGACUUCACCGUUCCCCGAGGUCUUCACUUCUCAAUAUCGAAAUCCCCAAAUGCCCUCUUUAAGACCACGUAUUCCAUGAAUGCUCUUCCUUCUUUGAACGGUUCCAUUGGGUAUAUAUUCACGUCCUGUGACCUCAAUGUCAAAGGUUCCGGGGAUGUUCGCUUCAAGGAUAUGGUAGACCGUUUCAGAGUGUAUGACCAGCCUCGGAGGCCGGAAGGUAAAGAAGAGGUUUGGCUUGCAGGUGAACGAGUAGACACUCGCGACUAUCUGUUAUAUGGCCGAUUCUACAUUCCAACUGGGCGACUGGAUGCUCUCUACUCAGCACGACUGUCUGGAACGAUGCAGGGCAUGAUUGCCGCCAUCUCUGAUCCACGUCCACUACCACUCGGUGCAAGCAACCUUAUGCUCAGUCUGCAGCACGAUACCGGACGGACAUGCACGGAAUACACAUGGAGUGCUGAUGAUUCCAUGUGGGGCGUCCGCUUCCUGUAUAACUUCGGCAAAAUAGGCACGGCGCUGGAGUCGCCUGGAGAAAGCGAGCAGUUGUCGACGCCAGUUCAGACAGACCGGUCGGAAGUGAAACGUGUCGAUGAAGAAGAAGCUAUGGAAGGUGGUCUCAAGGGUCGCAUUUCUGCUGGAGCUGAGGUGUACUUCAGUGCACGGGAGAAGAGUGCCGGAGUAUCGACUGGCAUCCGCUUCACAACCCUUCCGGAUGCGACGGCCCCAUCUUUCCAACCGCCAGACCCUUCCUCGUCUCCCUUGAGUCUGUCUUCGUCUCGAACGCCUCACCUUCCUCAACCCCCCACGACUAUCACAGCCCUCUUCAACCCAAUGAUGGGUCACAUAUCUGGCGCCUAUGCAGCUCGGGUUUCCCGUGACUUAUCUGUCUGUUCUCGGUUCGAUCUGAACGUCUAUAGCUAUGAAAGUGAAUGGACAAUGGGCGCUGAAUGGUGGCUCCGACGCAAGCCCGUACUUCACGAGGAGGACACUCUAGACGCCAAAAGUUCUGACGAGAAUUCGCCUGAUCACCUUACUUCUGCUCCGGCGAUGUCUGAAACGUGGACGGAUGAUGUACUUGGUGUUGUGAAAGCGAGAGCUUCUACCACUACCGAUGUUUCCCUCAUGUGGGAAGGACGCUUGCGAAACAUGCUGGUUAGCCUAGGCAUCGUGUCUAAUCUGUCUAGUCGUUCAAAACCUAUUAAAGCCGUCGGGCUAGAGUUAGCGUACUUCAGUUCAGGCUAAUUAUAACCAUCUUCCAGUUUAAAAGAAUCACCACGUCGUAUAUAUUGCAUCGAAGGAUCUUGCUUCAUUAUAAUGACAUACAGACGAUCAACCAGUGAGUCCGAACCGAUUAGCGUGGGUGUAAUACAUGUUUCGAGCAACUAUUGCAAAGCACUUGGAAAGCCGUUGGGAAGGGUAUAGGGAAGUGUACACAUGGAGGAUCCGAGUGGAAAGGAGAUGAUAACACAAGAAAGCCAUAGUUCAACGUUCGACCACGAUGUCUGCCCAAGAGUUCACAGAACCUCAGUUGUUGGUUGCUGCUGUGGCAACGCUUCUGGGAGACGCAAGAGGAUCCUUACCGCCCAACUGCCGUACAAGCCUGGAUAUAGCGUCGCCGCUGAUAACCGGUCGGGUGGUGUGAGGCGCUCGGCGCGGGACCCCUUCGCCGGUGGGCGGGGAGGACUGAGUACGGGCGUGCCUUGCGGCAAAAUCUUGCAGAUGGGCACCUCGGGGCGUGCUACUACCGGACCGGGUGUGUCGAGUCGCAGGAUGAGGGUCGCCAAAACUAGGUCUAAACCCAGGGAGUCUACCCACUGUAUGAGAUCGACCAUGGGUCGGGUCGAAAGUUCGGGGAGGUGUAGCCUUGUAGGCGGACGUAUUUUCUGACGAAG